UACAUGACCAGGCAUGUAACACUCCCCACUGAUUAACACCUUUAAUGGUGCACAGAGUGAAACUGAUAUUGAACCGUUACAGUCUGAUUUGGAUUUUAACCCCUGCAAUAUGUAAUGAAGCCACAGUUGAAUUAAACGUGAUAUGCAAUUAGGACAGUGAAUAAAAAAGGUUCAUUCCGUUACCUGCUUUCGGUCAGCAUUUCUGCAGUCUUCAUGGACGAUACUUGGCAAAGAAAAGGGCUGACACUCCUUGUAAAACCGGCUUGGAGGGCGUCCUCUUUAAACGCUGUGGCAGUGUGUCGGCUCCACCAUCAUUUCGCAGAAAGCCAGAAUGGAAAGCUGCUCCUCAUCUCAGACUGAGCUCCCUCUCCAGGCAAGCUGAGUCAGUUCAGUCCCGUCACCGCUCCCGGUGAAGUAAUCCUUCCUGCCGACGUCUCAACGGGAGGAUCCUCGCAGGGAGCUCUCGUUCACGCAGCGUAAUCUCGAGGAGGUCCGGGCUUUGACAUCAGGAGGAGCUGCCAGCCUCGCUGCUGCUAACAGCUGAGCUAAGGACAACUUCUUCCGCUUUCGUAUUUCGCCCCGCUCGCCUUCAAGAGUGUUGAACUGUUCUCUUGUAUUUGAUAAAGUUACUUAAUAUGUAAAGGCGGAUAGAAAAUAAAAAUUGACCGCUGUCCCACGUGUAAGUUUGCCAGCAGUUCUGAGUAAUUUGGUGGCAGCGACGGCACCGUGGUGCCUUUUACCUCCAAGCCCCGCCCUCGUGUUGACAUGACGUCAUCACGCACAGCUUCUGGCUGGCGUCAACUUCACGGCAUUUGUCCUCGGAAGUGGGAAUUUCCCAGUUCCCAGUCGGAUUUUUCAACUGGAACGCCCCUCAAAGUGGGAUUUCCCACUGGGAAAGUGGGAGAGUCUUCACCACCCCCGAGUUCACAUUCCAAGAUGGCUGCCCCGGUUGUAAACAGUAGAAGAGAGCUCUAUGAAAGUGAUCCAGCACUCUGCAGAGAAGCUCAGCUCAGCUUUGGUCUCUAAUUCUCAGGACGUAGCCAAAAUUUAUACUAAAUACACAACUGAAGAAAGACGUCUUCUGGAGCAAGGAUUCCAUCCAGGAAAGCCAGAUUCCCUUUUUCACCCCAUCACUUUGCACUCCGACUCAGACUGGAUGCUUGCACACCCUGAGGAGCCACAAGACUUUGAGAGUUUCUACAGAGACCCUUAUCGCAGGAUACCUAAUGCGGGCCACAAUACCAUUUAUAUUCAAACCAUAGGUUCAUUUGGAGAAGCUGGGGCCCAGACAGACCAGUAUGUUGAGUGGCUCAGAGACUACUGCCAAGCCUUUUUUUAUGGACUUUCUGUCAAGUUGCUGCCAGCAGUCACAGUGUCUGAAACAGGAUGCACUUUCAGAGUGAACAGUAACUCACACAAUCUUCAGAUCCUCACAGGUGACCUGCUGAGAUUUCUGGAGAACAAGAAACCUAAAGAUGCUUUCUGCAUAGUUGGAAUCACAAUGAUUGAUCUAUACCCCAAUGACUCCUGGAACUUUGUUUUUGGCCAGGCUUCUCUUUGUCAGGGUAUGGGUGUUUUCAGCUUUGCGAGGUAUGAUGACAACUUCUACACACGAAGUUAUGCUGGGAGGCUGAAGAAGCAGCUCAUGCCAAGGCAGGGAGACUACUCUGUGUUUGAGGGAUACUACACUCCACCCAUUUCCAGCACUUUACUACUUCGAUCCUGCAAGACCAUGACUCAUGAGAUUGGCCAUAUGUUUGGAGUAAAGCACUGCCAGUGGAUGAACUGUGUCAUGCAGGGCUCUAACCAUCUUGAGGAGUCGGAUCGCAGACCCUUGGAUUUCUGUCCUAUCUGUCUUCACAAACUACACGUCUCAGUCCGCUUCAAAAUAGCUGAAAGAUACAAGGCUUUACUGCGUUGGAUGGAGGUGGAUCAGAGUCAAACAUCACAACCAGAGGCAGCAUCUGCUUGUUAUGCCGCACCACAGUUUCCCAAACCCAUUGAAGACUUUCAUAUAUCCAAACUGUGGCUCUGCAGGUGUUUGGACAUCCUUGAAAGUAACAAAAUAUAGCACUUACCCACAAAUGUGGACAAUGGAACAGACUGGGAUGUAUAAAUGUGGAAAAUAUUUGACUUAAAUGCAUGCAAUGUUGAUGCGAGAAUUUUCUGUGAUUUAACCGAAUACCAUUUACUUUUUAUAUGUAAAAUUGCAACAACUUGCUCCCAAAUAUCAAUUCACCCAUGUACUUAAUAUCUACAGAAAUGUAAUUUUCAUUUUUUAUUCUUCCUCUCCAAACAAAAGCAGGCAUGGGAUUUUUAAUUUAACAACCCCCAUCAACACGAUUCCUUUAAGCAUGCAUCAGUUCAAUUUGUAUGUGAAAACUUUUGAUGCAGAAUUUUGUGGUUCACUGAGCUUGAAUCAGUGACUGGCGGCAUGAAAUCAAGGUGUAUGUGGUUGCAUAAACUCUGCCACAUAUCCACAAGGCGUGGCUCAAUUCUGCAUUUUCUUUGGUCCUUUUGGCCACAGGUGCCCCCUCACAACUCUUGGCAUAUUCCAUGUCAGCAGUAGCUCCAGAAAUUUGGGCCAUAUUUGGCUCAGUUCAUGAACUCUGGGAUGUGUGUGAUCACAUAGCUCUCCCCAGAGCUUUAACAGUGCCACAAGUGCCAAAAGUAUCCCUGAUUGGGCCCAAUGGUGUCUGUGUCUGCUAACUGGUAUGCCUUUUUUUUAAUUUAAAAUUAAACAUGCACCGAGUACACAAAAUAUAUCAACAUGCUUGCAGGUUUACCACAUAACUCUUUUCAUCCUUUAGGUAUUUCUUGGGUUUGAGAAACUUGCAUAUUAGCUCUCUGCUGGUUUGAGCUCUGAGAUUAUUUAGUACAUUUUGCAAUCAAUGAUGCAAUAAAUAUGAACAAUUGAUGGUACGAGUUUGUAGGGUAGGGGGAUUGAGAGGUUUGUUGUGGUGUUAUUAUUAAACAAAUUUUAUUACAAAGAACAAUUGUUUGACAUGUAAGAGUGCUUAUUAACAAUAACAUUGGUGACAGCAUAAUUAAAGAUA